CCAAAAAAGGAAAAAAAAGUGGAUUAUGUAUGGUUUAAUGGUUAAACAAGUGUCCAUAUCUGUUAGAAGUCAGUUCAUCAUUUAGACAUUCAGUUGACACAAAUAGCGCUUCACUCUGUGGAUGUAAGAUCUGCAUCUAAUAGGAUUACAUCUACUGUUUCCGUUGGCUGCAAUCACACUGACCUCUUUCUCUGUGACUAUCCUGUCACCGUGUGCAACCAUUUUUUUUCCCUCUAUCUUAGUUAUAUGUUGUUUUUGAUAGAAUAUCGUUUUAAAGUAUUUUUUCUUGUAUUUAUAUUAAGUAAUAGUUUUAGAUCUUUUGCCCUGUAAAUAAAAGUGUUAAAAAAGGACUAAUCGGGUCUAAGAAUUUCUCCUUAUUUCCACCAUCUAAAAGAUGUUUGAGUGAUAGAAUCCAAAAUUGCAUUUUAAUACUUAAUUGUAAUUUUCUGAAUUGUUUGACUCCCAUUAUGUUCACAGCUGAAAUCUGAGCAAGUGCAGUUGAAAGCUAAACCAAGAUUUGGUGUUAUCUUGCAUAACAACUGAAGUUAAAAAGGAAUGAGUGACUAACAUUCACUUUGACAAAAUGAAGCUUUUUCCAUGGUACUUAGUGGUCAAUUGGAGACUAAAAAAGACAAUUGCAUAAAGUAUUACAAAACUUGCUGUUGUUUGUGUAUUUGAAAAUAAAAAAUAGAAGUGGAUUUAUUCCAAGAAAGAAAAGAUCUGUGUUCUAACAACAUUCUAACUUUGUUUUAAUAUAUUAAUGGAAUUAUUUAUUAUGGUGUUAGAGUUAUGAUAUGAUUCAGUUUUAUGACUCAUUCUUAAAAAUUCUCUCUGCCUCUUUUCCAAUCAAACUCUAACGGUGAGUUAUCUUCACUAUUUGCUUUUAUUUUCUUCCAUUUUCUUGAGUCUAACUAUGAUCCCUUUGUCUGAAAAAGAAAACCCAGAAGCCAAAAAAGAAAAAAGAAGCCAAUGGCACAACUGAGGCCAAGUCGAACGGCAGCGAUGCCAAACCCAAAAAAGCUAAGACAAAAAAGAAUCCGGAUUUGCCUGAAGAGGACAGCUCCACCACUCAGAGUGAGUUUAAAAAAACAACACGACAGAGGAUUUGGAAAAAAAAAUAGAGUUGAUUGCAAAUUAUUUCACCAUCUAUGUCUCACGUCUUUAAAAUUCAUAGGUGGGAAAAAAGUAAAGAAAAAGAAACCCGAAAAAGACAAAGAAGAUCCUGAAAAAGAAAAAGAACCGAAGAAGAAAGCCAAAAGUGUUCCGAAAAAGAAGAAAGAGGACAAAGACUCAGAUGGCAAAGAAAAAAAGUCAAAAUCAAAAGAAAAAGACAAGAAGAAAGAACCAGCGUCAAUGUUCAUGAUCAAUGGAGACAAAGACUCAAAGAGCAAAAAGAAAGCAGCCAAGCAGGACAGCGACGAGAGCGAAGAGGAGACGAAGUCGACGAAAUCGAAGAAAAAAUCAGCAGCUGCUUCCACAUCCAUGUUCCAAACAUCUGGGGAUAAGGACAAAGCCAAGGACAAAGACAAGAAGACAAAGAAAAAAGGAAAAGCAGAAGAAAGUGAAGAGUCGGAGUCUGAGAAAGAAGAGAAGUCUAAGAAGAAGAAAGGCAAAGGGAAGAAAAAGAAGGAGAGAUCCCCCUCACCUGAGAUCGAAUUCGACAACCUGGAGGAUUUUGUGAUGGAUCCGGCUCCACAAGGUGUGACGGUCAAGUGCAGAGUAACACGGGACCAGAGAGGGGUGGAUAAGAGCCUCUACCCCCUUUACUACCUUCAUCUAGACAACGACAAAAAGACGUUCCUGCUGGCUGGAAGGAAGCGAAAGAAGAGCGCAACUUCAAAUUACCUUAUUUCCAUUGAUGCCACCGAUUUGUCAAGAGGUGGUGAGAACUUUGUUGGAAAGUUGAGGUCAAAUUUAAUGGGAACUAAAUUCACAGUAUUUGACAACGCUCUGAAUCCAGAAAGAGCUCUCCCAGACAUGUCAAAUGCACGGCAAGAGUUAGCAGGCAUCAUCUAUGAAACAAAUGUCCUAGGUAUGAAAGGACCGAGAAGGAUGACAGUCAUCAUUCCAGGAAUGAACAAGGACAAUGAAAGAGUUCCGCUCCGACCGAGAAAUGAAUGUGACGGCCUGUUGAUAAGGUACCAGAACAGGAGGAUGGAAAAUCUGAUUGAGCUUCACAACAAGACGCCUGUAUGGAACGAAGAAACUGCGUCUCAUGUGCUGAACUUCAACGGCAGAGUCACCCAGGCCUCCGUCAAGAACUUCCAGAUAGUUCACAACAAAGACUUGGACUACAUUGUGAUGCAGUUUGGCCGAAUAGCUGACGACAUUUUCACGCUGGACUACAACUACCCGCUGUGCGCUGUGCAGGCCUUUGCCAUUGCUCUGUCCAGUUUUGACGGCAAAAUCGCUUGUGAAUAAAACGCAGAGGUUCCCACGUAUCUGUAAACACUGACGCCGGAAACCAGCACACCUGUACUGACAUGUAUGAAGAGCCCACAUCUUAACAUGAUUGUUACUGACCUGCAUGGAUGAAGAAAUUAGGCUUUCUUAAUUGACAAUUGCUUCAGGCGUGUGACUCCACGGUUAAAAAAAAAAAAGCAAAAAAACA